AUGCACAGGAUGGGUGGACCGAUGCUUAACGGUGGAGACAUCGGUAUCUCUGAUAUGGUGGACUCCGGAAUCGGCGGAACCUUGCAGCAGCCUCGGCCGCGGCCCCAGCCCAGGCCCCAGCCCGAGCCGUAUCCCAUGCCAUAUCCUGUUCCGGUACCAACACCGGUACCAAUACCAGUUCGUCCGGACGUUGUAAGACCAUACCCUGUGCGUAUCCCCGUACCUGUGCGUAUUCCACAGCCCAUUCCAGUCCGCGUCCCGGAGCCCAUUACCGUUCGCGUGCCGGAACCAUACCCGGUACCGUAUCCAGUCAAUGUCGGCGGGGGUUCUGCGCCUUCGAAUUCGGAUAGAUAUCGCGGUAAUUGUGACGAGUUUACCGCUGCAUGA